CCGGAAGUGGCGCGCGGUGAGUCAGGGCGUGUGGGCGGGCGGCCCGUCGACGAGGCGUUUCCGUUUCCGGUGGCUGGCGCUGGAGGUGGGCGAGGAGCGGCGGCGGCGGAGCGACGGGAGGCAGCAGCAGAAGCGGCAGGCCGCACCCACCCGCCGACGGAGCCCCAGCCGGCCGGCCGGCGGCCAGCAGGAGCCAGAGACAUGAAGGCAGGCUGUCCCAUUGUGGAGAAGCCAGAAGGAGGAGGAGGCUAUCAUUUCCCUGACUGGGCGUACAAGACCGAAUCCAGCCCAGGCUCCCGCCAGAUCCAGCUCUGGCACUUCAUCCUAGAGCUGUUGCAGAAGGAGGAGUUCCGGCAUGUGAUCGCCUGGCAGCAGGGUGAAUACGGGGAGUUUGUCAUCAAGGACCCAGACGAGGUGGCCCGGUUGUGGGGCCGGAGGAAAUGCAAGCCCCAGAUGAACUACGACAAGCUGAGCCGGGCUCUCAGGUACUACUACAACAAGCGGAUUCUGCACAAGACGAAAGGCAAGAGGUUCACCUACAAGUUCAACUUCAACAAACUCGUGAUGCCCAGUUACCCCUUCCUUAACAUCCGCCCCACUGGCGCCGUGCCACAGAGCGCCCCUCCGGUGCCCACGGCUUCGUCCCGCUUCCACUUCUCCCUGGAGGGCCAGUCACCCAGCGAGGACUCCCAGCCGGGCUGCUUCUCGGGCAGAGCCCUGGGGCCGCCGGGCCAGGAGGCGCUCAGCAAUGGCAGCGCAGAUGAGAAAGCGUCUCCGGCGCUGGAGCUGGAUGGGGUGUCACCGGAUUGGCACCGCAGGGUCGACCUCUUGGCCUCCCGCAACACAGCAGCGGCACCAGGCACCGUCACCCACCCGAAGCGCAAGUCGGACCUGGUGUUGCCCAUCUUCGGCCGGGCCGGCCUCUACCCAGACGCCCACAGCCCCUUCGCCGGGUCACCCCUCCCUCCCCGUGGGGGGGUGCUCAACGUGCCCCUCUCCCCCGCCCUGUCGCUGACCCCCACCCUCUUCUCCUACAGCCCCUCCUCGGCCAUGAGCCCUUUUGCGCCCGGUGGCAGCAGCUGCUUCUCCUUCAGCCCCGAGGAGAUGAAGCACUACUUGCACUCCCAGGCCUGCUCCGUUUUCAACUACCACCUCAGCCCUCGGACCUUCCCGCGCUACCCGGGCCUGAUCAUCCCACCCCUGACCUGCCACCCGCCCCACGAGGAGCAGCCCCCCUUCCCCAUCAAGCUGCAGCCCCCGCCUGCCGGGCGCAAACACCGGGAGCGCCACGAGAGCGAGGGAGGCAGCGGGCCACCUCCGUCGCCCCCCCAGAUCAAGCUGGAGAGGCCUUUGGAUGAGGAGCCCGGCGGCACUGACUCCCCAGAGAGGGUCCUGGUGGGGCAGAAGGAGAGCGAGGGCUCGGCCCCCCCACCCCGACGCCCGGAGCUGCUGCAGGAGAAGAGGCUCUUCCUGCACCCGGCCGCCCCGGCGUGGCCUGGCAUUUCCGUGGUGCCCAGCCUGGCCAAGAAGCUCAAGCAGGAGGAAGGGGCUGCUGAGAAGCCCCCCCCGCAGGAGCCCGGGUGGGAGCUGGGGGCCCUGGAGAAGAGGGAGGACGCCGCCAUGCCACCCAAACUGCGCCUGAAGCGUCGCUGGAACGGGGACCGGCUGGCGGAAGCCCCCGAGGAGACCCCCAGCAGGAAGCCCUCCUGGGCCGGCAGCCUGGACACGCCCCACAUCCUGCUGGCCCCCAAGGCUGCGGUGGAUACUUAGGACAGGGAGGGAGACAUGGGGCGGCUCCAAGGUGUAAUGUAGCAAGGUUUUCCUGGCUGGGGGGGCAGGAGGAGGGCGAGGAGGGCUUCACUAAACUUGCGGGGUGGGGGGUGGGGUUGCUUUGUGUGUGUGUAUGCGUGUGCACGCGUGUGCAUUGCAGGUGAAAUGCAGUUGUUCAUGUCCCGAGGGAGGGGGACUCCUUGGCUUGCAAAGCCCCCUCCUCAGCCAUUUCUGCGUGGCCAAUGCUGCAGCAGCGCCUCCAAUGGACCCGCUCUCGUUUCUUGGGGGGGGCUUGAUAGUCGUGGGGGCUCCUCUGAAUCUCUCUUGUUGCUUUCUGGGUGGUCUCCCUUCCCAGUCAGAGCCAGGCAGUGUCUCACAUUUGUGGAGGAUGGUGUGUUGGGAGGGGGGAUUUGGGGGGGGCUGGAACAUUGCACUGUCUUUCAAUUCUGGAAGUGGACAUUUUGGCAGGCGAGAUGAAGCCGACAGCCCGCAGGAGGGCUCGGGCUGGUGGUGUGCUGGCUUGGCGGCCUGCAGAGCGACUUUCAGAAAUAUUGGGGGCGUAGUGGGGGGGGUUCAUCUUUAAAGUAACCUUUUUUAACUGUAGAAGAAGCCAUGGCAAUUUCUGCUCUUGAACCUUCAGGGAUGAUGUGGAUGGGAAGUCAAACGGAGAACCAGAUGCCUUUAACGCAGCCCCUCCUUUAGCCCUCCCUUCCUUUUCUCAGUUCCGGCCUUUGAGGAGGGGGUCCUAGACGGAGAUUGGUGGGCUCUGAGGGGGAGGCAGCCCAGGGCGGCUCUGCCCUUUUGUGACUGCCUUACUGUGGUCCCUUUGCGGGAGAGGCCCUCGGUGGGG